UUCUUAAUGCAUUAGUAAAGCGUUGUAAUACAAUACGUUUAAGCAGCAGAAUCUUUACUUGCACGUAAUUUUUUUCGCAACCAGAUUGAGUUUUAACCAGAUUUAAAAAAUUAUCUUCUCUCAUAUUGAUAUUCUUGUCUAUAAUAUAGAACCAGUUUUACAACAUGGACUCUGACAAUUUGCACCUUGAGAUUAGUUACUUGGGCAGCAGUGGCAUCGUACUCAGCACUGAACAGAAGACGGCUCUGCAGGUAUCUUUGGCGUCUGUGAAGCAGAAGAACAACUUCAGGAAGAUCUUCUUCUGGGGCAAAAUCCUUGGCUUCAAAGAUGACUACUUCAUAGUGCAGGGUGUCACAGACGACUUCCUGAAGAAUCGAAAGACACUUUACAGUCUGAACUGUAUGGAGUGGAGCAAUCUGACGAUAGAAGUGACUGAGAAGUUGAUGGAGACUGCCUCCAAGGUCAGGGGCAGAUUCAGGGGGGACCCCGCCCACGAAUAUGAGAUCGUCGAGAUUGUCACCAAGGACGGCGAAUCCACCGAAGACGCCCACCAGAUUAAGGAGGAGGAGCGACUGGCUUGCGUGAUCCAGAUGAUAGACUGUGAGGCGGCGGUGGUGCCCAGAGGCGCAUUCAAACUCACUCCCGAAGGAAAUGUGCUUGCCAACAACAACUACAAAGGCCAGGACCAGACGGAUGCCUCCAAACUGAGCUCCUACUUCCACUUUUUCCCCCCUGAGAACAUGCACGAGAAGACCCUACUGGCCAAGGCCAGCCACGACAAGGCCAUCGACUUCCUGCCCCCCAUCGAGGAGGACAUACCCAGAGGCUGCUGGAGUAUCCAAUCAGAACACGCCAACAACCUCGUGACCCUUAGGUCCCUUUGGUGGCCUGGCCUGGUUGCAUUCAAUGUCAUUAACCAGCCCAAGUUUGGAUACGUCUAUGUGGGGCUAGGUGAGAAGAACCAAGAUCUUCCCUUCAUGUUGUAAACUCAUUAUUAUUACAAUCAAAUGUUAUUAUACACUAUUAUAAUUGAUUUGAAAUGACCUCAGUUUCUAUAUUACAAAAUAAAAUUUUUCAAAAUCA